AUGAUCACUAACGAUUAUACAAGAUCUUGCCUAACACAAAAUUAUGACUUUCAAAAUAGCAAUUUCAAUUUGGAUCAGAAUUUGGAUGAUUUAGUACAUCUUUCUAAUGAUCAGUGCUCUAGUGGGGAUGAGAACAUUAGAGGGGAAAUGGAAUAUGAAAUUGAAAUUGAGAAUGCUGGUCUAGAUGAUGUUGAUUUCAAGUUUGUUGAUGAAAUUGUAUCAUUUAAUUGUACCCCCCUAAGAGAUUUUGAAGGAGGAUAUGGAGAUGAGCCAUUGAUGCUUAGUGAGGUCAUGAAGAGGAAUUAUCAGAGAAAGUUUUCAGCUUCUCUCUAUGCCUUCUAUGGGAUCCCAGAAUGCCUCAAGAUGAAGCUCAAAUCUGGGAGUGUCAAUGAAAAAACAACUUUGUUACAAAGAAAGUUGCAUAAGCCAUUUCAAUCGUAA